UACUGUGUUUGUGUAAUUUGGUUACUUUGAUAAUUAUCUCGGAGUUGCGAAUAAAAAUAAUUUCAAGUUAAACAUUCUAUAUAUUUAUUUAUGUGAAAUAUGGAACCAGUAAAUAAAUUAGAAGAAUGGAGUCAUGAAGAAGUGUUUUCGGUGCUCCAGCGAUGGGAGAUGGAAGAGUUUUGUGAAUUUGUGAAAGAAAAGCAGUUGGAUGGCAAAAAUUUAAUGAAUGUUACAGAAGGCAUUAUAAAGCUAUGGAAGCCAAAGGCUGAUGCAAAAAAAAUGCUACUUUUUCUUAAAGAUUUGAAAGAAAACCCCGAUAAGUACGUGAUUUUACCAUCAUCCAAAAAGGAGAUAGUAAAAGUAAGCAAGGAGACAAAUAUAUGUCCAGAAAGUCAAUAUCAGACAGUCACGGUAAGAAAGACGAGAGAAGAAGUCAACGUAAAUACUGUAGAGGAAAUAUUGAAGAAGAUCGUACCUGCUAAGAGUUUCCUUUACAGAAAUCAGCAGAAGAGAACAGAGAAAGCCGUGACGUCAUAUUUGCCGAUGGAUGCAGGAACAACAAGGAAGAAGAGUUUCUUUCGUCUCAGUUCAUACGAAUACCCUUUCUUUGAUAUUCGAUUAAGAUUUUCAAAAAUAGAAAAUAACACAGAUAGGGGAUACUAUUCAGUUAAAUCGAACCGUUACUGUAUCCAAAAGUCAUGUAAAAAGCAAGAAGUUAAAACGAAAUAUAAAUCUUUACCAUCACCAGAACCGAUUUCCAACAAUAUUAUUGAAGAUCAUUUUUAUGAAGAUUUAAAUUAUAAUGAAAUGAAUAAAAUUAACGAUACAAAAGAAACGUCUCCUAGUGGCCAAGGAGUCCAAGUUAAACCUUGUAUGGUGAAAAUUCAGGAGCUAUUUCAGUCUUUUAAAUUUCCUUUCUUUAGGAAAAGUGAAGAAGUAUUACCAACUAGGAAAAUAUCUAAGGAAGAGAAAGACGGAAAUAUUUAUGAAAAUAAUGACAGUGUUUUAAAUAUGUAUGACUCCAUACAUGUAAUGCAUGAUGAUGCCAAAGCUGAGAGUAAAGAAGAAAAACAAGUAAGUACUCUGCCGGUGGAGGAGUACUUGGAGCCGGUGCAGUUGCAUCAGGAGUACUGCGACGUGCGCCGUCGCCACGAAGACUCCCUGCUCGGUUACAUUAUGAACUACUUCGAAAAUAGAUUUGGGGUUAGACGAGAAACAAAUGAAGGAACUCAUUCCGAAGAUUCAGAGACCGAUUCAAAAGAAUGCGAAGACAAAUGGAGUACGAAGAAGACAUGCAACAUGGCGGCGCGCCCUCUGCCGGUGCCUGUCGAAAACGAGCCCUUCUAUAUGAACGUGGAUCGUGCGGAGGCAGAGAACCUGCUGCGUGGACAGCCUGAUGGGACAUUUGUGCUCAGACCUUCCAGUCAGCCUAAUCACGCGUACACUUUGAGUGUGUCGUGCGGCGGCGCGGUGCACAACGUGGGCGUGCGGCGGCGUGCGGACGGGCGGCUGGCUCUGGGUUUCGCGAGGCGCGGCGAGCGCAGCUUCCCCACCGUGACGUCAUUGCUGCGUCACCACCGGCGUCGGCGGCUGCUGCUGGUGGCCGCGGGUGACGUCAUCGGCGCAACGACGCUCGCUGAUACUCCGCACUACUAUCAGACGCCCAGCAGUCUACCCGUGUUGCACGUGUGACGUCAUAUGCUUCGUAAUUCUACGAACGUCACAUCCGUGACGAACAC